AAUCAAACAAUGUUAAAACAGUUGAUGGACAAAUUAUGUACUAUUAUAAAAAAUAACGAUCAUAAUUGAUUGGUUUUUGAACUUUGUUGGCAUGCUUGUUUCUUCUUUUCACUUAUGUAAUAUAAUGUAAUAUAAUAUAAUAUGAUAUAUGAUAAAUAUGAACCUUACAGUUCCUUGAUGGACUUUUCACAAGACAAAUAGAAAUAACAGUUGAGUGAACCAAUAUUAGUUUAAUUCUCUUUAAUAUACUUAGCUAGGGUAUUAUUUGUUAAUAUUUAACCAUAACUUAACAUUAUAUUUACAAACUGAGUUACUUGAUUCAUUUUUGACAAAUUAAAUGGCUAACAUUCUCUGCUAUACAUCACAUAUAACGCAUAGGAAAGCUGAACCUUAUUCAGUGAAAUUAGAAUCAAAAUGUCUAGAUAGAUGUCAUCACCAAAGUAUCUGAUUUUGCGAGAAUUCAACCUUUACUGGACAUUACAUUUGAAAAGUGAUAUACAUAAUAAAAUAUUAAUGAUUUCAAUAACUUAUAAUUACACUUCCAAGAUGUAUCUUACCAGUUGCUUUAUUAAAGAUAUGUAUUUGCCUCUCUUUCCUCUCCAUGACUGAAAAGGACUAAGAUUUGCUUAUGAAUGCAGUGUGCUACCAUACGACUCAUUUAUUACAUCUGUUUACUCAUUAUGAGGACUAAACAGGCACUUCUGGUGGAGGCACAGCUGUUAUGCCACUGAUUAAGACCUGAGUGUAUAUUCCUGUUAUUCCAACAAUCAAACAUUAAGCAGUAUCCAGCUCCAUUGAAACCAGCUGUGUGUUUUUCAGUCAAGGUGGUGCACCUGCUCUCGUCAGCUCCGCCUCCUCCCCAUCACCCCCACCCUUCCUCCUUGACUACAGUACCCAGAGCGCAUCGCGCCUCUCUCCACUCGCUCUGUGCUGCGCCAGUAAGUCCGCCCCGCUGACUCGCAGAACCAGUUGGUUUGGCCCAGCGUCUUCUUUUCCUGCCUCCUCACUGUGUGUGUACUGCUGCUGCCGCCGCCGCUGCUGUUGUUGCCUGGUGUCAACCUACGCCAACGAGAGAAAAAGAAGACAUAUCCCUCCCUCUCUCACUCCUCCACUGUGAGACGGCCUUGACUUUUUUCCUCCACCUCCUCCGCCUCCUCGCCGGCACCGCUGGCUUCCGUGCCGUGCCAGUCAACUCGCCUCCUUCCCCGGCUCGAGUUCAGCAGCAACAAGCUCGGAAACAUCUGGCCGCCGCAGAGUGCUACACUCCCCCUGUUCCUGCAAAGCGCCUGCUCGCCCUGGCAGCCUGCUAUGGAAAUUAGUCCAAAGUCAACCUAGUUUGGUCUCGGAAGGGAAGGAAAAGAAGAAGAAGACGGGGAGGAAUUGACGGAGGAGGACCUUGUUGUCUGUAAGUGUUGCCUCCGAUACGGGAGUCCUAUUAAAGGAGGGUUACGGAGGAGGGGAAAAGUAGCUAAACCUUCCUUAGCAUGACCGUGUUGUCUCUUCGCUCUAACGGUCGCUAUGUUGGCCGUCCCUCCGCGGUGUUUCACCAGCUGUUGUCAUAGCACCGGGGCCUUCGGAACAACCGUAAAUAGCUCAGGACUACCGGAGCCCCGGUCCGCCUUUACUUUUGUUAGCCGUGGCCGGGGCUACAGCUAGCUGCGUGGGUCAGUGUGUCUCCGGGUUUGUUUGUUGUGUCUUCUGGUGAGAAAUUAAUAACAGCCCGCUCCCGUUCGGCAGCUGUAACACCACUGCGACUUUUAAGCUGAUUUUCCCCCAGAAAACAAGGCUUAAAUUGUGCUUAAGGAAGGCUGCGGUACCCGAAGCCAACUUAAACAAUCGAGGUUAUGAGGACGGCAGGAUGGAGUUCCCAGACCACAGCAGACAUCUACUCCAGUGUCUGAGUGAGCAGCGGCACCAGGGCUUCCUGUGCGACUCCAUGGUGCUGGUGGGCGAUGCCCAGUUCCGCGCCCACCGCGCCGUGCUGGCCUCCUGCAGCAUGUACUUCCACCUGUUCUACAAGGAUCAGCUGGACAAGCGAGACGUGGUGCAUCUCAACAGCGACAUCGUGACGGCGCCGGCCUUCUCCCUGCUGCUGGAGUUCAUGUAUGAGGGCAAGCUGCAGUUCCAGGAUCUUCCCGUGGAGGAUGUGCUGGCGGCGGCCAGCUAUUUGCACAUGUACGACAUCGUGAAGGUGUGCAAGAAGCGCUUGAAGCAGAAGGCCACGGCGGAGGCGGACAGCACGCGCAGGGAGGACGACGGCGGCUCCAGCUGCUCCGACAAGGCCGACAGUUUGUCCGAAGGGUCGACGGGGCAGCCCGCUACGGCCGACGUGCUGCACAGCGAUGAAGAGGAGGAGGGGAAGGCCGAGGGAAGCCAGCUGUGGCUGCGGUUGCCGUCGGCAGACAGACCGGGAACGCCGGGCGGGGCUGCGGCCAGUCCGGGACACGGAGAGGCGGCGAGCCAGGCAGGUGAAGGCCUGGGAGAGGGGAGCAAGGUGCUGUCGCCUGCUGGCAGCCCCAGCAGCUCCACUGGGUCGCUCUCCCAGAGAUCCCACCGCUCCAUCAGCUCCCGCGCCGGCCACAGGGGCAGGAGGGUGUCAAAUGACGCAGCCGACUGCGUCCUGGACCUGUCGGUGAAGCCCAUUGCUGUUAACAACCACCAUCCGUCUUACUUCAGUGGUGCGGCUACGCCGGACAGCCUGCAGAGCCCGCUGGCGGUGAGGGUGAAGGUGGAGAGGGGGGUGGCCUCUGACGAAGACGAGGAACUGGGCGGGAGCGACUACAGCAUGGAGCACAGCGGCCUCGGUAAGACGCAGGUUCCCAGCGCCAACGGAUGCCUGAGUCACCACGGUGUGGGUGGGCCCCUGUCGGCCCAGAGGCGACUGGGACUGGAGGCCCACCUGUCGGCGCUGCGCGAGGCGUCUCUGGCGUCGGAGCUGGAGCGGGACGAGAAGCCCCCGGCCUCGGCCGCUGCCAACGAGGACAUUCUCGGGGGGGAGAACGAGCACGCCCAGGCCGAAGCGGCCAGCAUGGACAACUCGCUGCUGCCUUACGUCUCCAACAUGCUGUCGGCCCAGCACACCCAGAUCUUCAUGUGCCCGCUGUGCAACAAGGUGUUCCCCUCGCCGCACAUCCUGCAGCUCCACCUCAGCUCCCACUUCAGGGAGCAGGAAGGCAUCCGCUCCAAGCCCGCCGGGGACGUCAACGUGCCCACCUGCACCAUCUGCAGCAAGACCUUCUCCUGCAUGUACACGCUGAAGCGCCACGAGCGGACGCACUCGGGUGAGAAGCCCUACACCUGCACCACCUGCGGCAAGAGCUUCCAGUACUCUCACAACCUCAGUCGCCACGCGGUGGUGCACACGCGCGAGAAGCCGCACGCGUGCAAGUGGUGCGAGCGGCGCUUCACGCAGUCCGGGGACCUCUACCGUCACAUCCGCAAGUUCCACUGCGAACUGGUGAACUCGCUGUCGGUGAAGAGCGAGCCGCUGGCGCUGCCCAACGUCAGGGAUUGGGCGAUCGAGGACAGCUCCCAGGAGUUAUGGAAGUAGAGUCGGAUUGUCGGGGUUGAGAGAGGCCUGGGGAGGUGAGAGCAAGGUGGCAGAGUUAUGCUGUCGGGGGUUUAAGUGAGUCAUGUUCUUAUUCGUUGCGACAUCUCAUUCAACCGCACUUUAAUAGCACAUGAAAAUGUUACUACUGACUUAUUUUUACUGUCUGUUUGGGGGUUUAUGUUUUGUUUUAUUUUGAAGUCCCGUAACGAUUUGGCGUUAGUUCUCUUCUGUCGUUUUCUUUUUUGUGUGCGCGCGUGUGUGUGCGUCUGAGGACACGGCUCCCUCCCUAAGUGUCUUUUUUUUGUAUUCUUUAAUAUUAUUAUUAUUAUUAUCAUUUUGUUGUUUUUGGAAGAAAUUUCUGCGUGUGUCUAUGUUUCACCCCAGAUACGACACUCCCAUCGCCGGCCUCACCGGUUCCACAGGCAACAGGAGUUCAUGUCAAACACACUGAAACCACACACUAAAAAAAAAAAAAAAAAAAAACACGGGUACUGUGAGGCCGCCGCGCACGCUGCCGUCUGAAUACGUAUGCGUGUGCGCGUCUGAUUCUGCACUACUCCGGCUAAAGCAAGCAAACGACGACAACAAUAAAAAACUAACAAAUAAACAAAAGAGAAAUCGUGUGUGUGAGCGUGCGUGAGUGCGUUUUUGUGUGUGUUAAAUUAGAUUUUCCUCCUGGCAUGAAGGUGUCGUUGGCGAGCGCUUCCCACUUCUCUCGUUAAGCUCUUUGGUGUUGUGUUGGUGUGUUCAGGGGAAAGCUGACUGACUGACUGACUGACUGAUGGCACUCAUGCAAUGCACAGCCUCCUUUUUUCACUUCCAAUCAAUCUGAAGUAUUUUCUAAAAAUGAGAAGACCUUUACAAAUAUUAUUAUUAUUAUUAUUAUAGAUAGAUUUGUUUUUCUUGAAUCUAGCUGGCAGUCUUUAAAACAUCUCUUGUUGUAAAUGUAUUUAAUUUAAGGUUGUUGUAUAUUGUUCUGCUAUAGUUUAAAGAUUUUAAUCCCUUUUUUAACUUAAUGAUUAUUAUUAUUAUUAAUAUUAUUUUUUUUUUGUAAUGGGACCUGCUGUUGUUGCAUGAUGUCCAAACCUGUAUAUUUUAAAAUUGAAAAUGUGAAUCUGCUGUAUAACUGUACACAUUGUAAUUGAACAAAUAUUUGACAACAGGCUCUCUCUUUUUUUUUUGUUUUUUUUUUUGUUGUUUUCUUUCCCUCUUUUUCUUUGUGAAUACUACUCCAGGGUGCGGUCUGUUUUUAAAAAUGAAAAACUGAGUAUCACUCUCUCGAUUUUGAGGGGGGAGGAAAAAAAAAAUGCAUGGAAAUUUGAUUUGGUCUUAAACUUUUAGGUUGUUUUUGCAUCGGAACGGGGGGAGGGCGGGGAAGAUGUUCGAACGGUAAAUUUGUUGGUGAAAAGUUAGCGGAGAGGCAACCUGAUGAAGCAUUUUAAGCCUGUCUUUUAAGCACUGAUUUGUCUGCUGUGUGUGUGUGUGCGUGUGGGAUGGUGUGCAUGUGUGUGUGACCUGGUCUGUACCAGUCGAUCGAACCUACUGAAGCUCUACAUCCACCCAGCACUUCUUCGUCCCCCUGCUCCUCCUCAGGCAUCAAAUGUCCUCACCGCUUUGCGUUUCCCUCCUCUUUUGUCUUCUUCUGCUUCCUGGUUAAGCCGUUUCUUAUUUAUCUCUACAGAUCUGACCUCUUUUUUUUUGGCGGGCGGUCUGAUAACGCAGUUUGGCUGAGAUGUGAAGGAUACCUAGAGAGGUAGAGGAGGGUAAGCCCAAGCCCUCUUGCUUUAAAGUGUAAGGGUCAGAUAUCUGUGUCACACUGUUCCUCAUCUGUUUGCAGCGAAUGCCAUAACGGAUCUGAGACUUUCCUUUAGAGGAGAUGGCAGAGAAUUGGCCUAAAUCAAGGGUCAGCAACUUUUAUAACCCAAAGACUCAUUUUCAUCCUCGCUGAAAAUAAAUGGAUUACCUGAACCUUUCAAAUUCUGAUAAAUGUUACUAAAAAAUUUUGUAAUUUGUAGUUACAGAACUAAAUUUUCACUUCUUCUUUUGGUUUCAGAAGAAAGAAAAACACCAAUCUUUUACCAGAAGAUUAUGAAGCUAGAAAGAAAAAAAGAAAAAACAGGUCGGUCUUACUCCAUUUUAAAAAUAUAUCUCGUACUAUUACUGUAAUUCUAUUGUGGAAAUCUAUAGUUGAUAAUCCAUGAAAGCUGGCCUCCUUUAUGUAAAAAUCACUGCUCAAUAUAAAAGCAUUUGGACCAAUGCUAUUAGGAGCCACAGGUUGCAGACCCCUGGCCUACAUCAAUACAAGCACCUUUUAAGCUAAAAUGCGUGAAAACCUAAUUUUGCUGGAAAGAUGCCUUUACUCAAAACUGACGUUUCUAAAGACGUGGAAGUAUCUGAUACUGGAAAACAUUUAGAAAUGAUUGACGGAAAUCAUGUAAAUGUGUUGAAUUCAGACAAAUAUUGUCUUAACUAUAUUUUGAUUAAAUAAUCGGACUUGUUUUUUUUUUUGUUUUUUUUUGGUGAUUGUUGUGUUUGGGUUGGGGCUACAUCAGUUUAACAAUUGCUCUUUAAAAGAUGGUCAAGCGUUUGUACAAUCCAAAAAGCAUUUGGCAGCGAUGCAGGCGCACCAACGAUUCCUCCUCCUCUCAGAUGCGUGCGUGCGCGUUUUCGUGCGUGUGUUCGAGCGUGCACGCCACCGUCAUCUGGUGGCACCUGCAGGCUUUGCCAACGCAACAGUGUGGGUGACAUUGCAGCAGUUUGCACCACAUCUUCUCAUUUUUUUUCCCUUUUUUUGGGUCUUGAAAUGUUAUCUCUUCACUGGCGGCGCCUCUGCAUAUGGGCUCCUUCCAUCCUGCUGUUGUUUUCAUCACUACUGCUGCUUUUUUUUUUCUUUUUUUCUUUUUUUUAAAAAUGUUUUUGGUUCCUCUGGUUGUGCUUGACCGCCUUAAACUGCUGUAGUCCAAGCUAUUUUUUUUAUUUUUUUUAAUUUAAAUAUAUUUCUGUUGAAGUGUGAGGUGGAGACGAGGGACCGGCGACCACCCUGACAUGACGUCUCCAUCUUUUGCUGUGCUUACUUGAAGGGGAGGGUGGGGGAGGGUCUUUUUUUUUUUUUUUUGGUAAAAGGUUAAAAACAAAAAGGUAUGACACAAAUGGAAGUUCAUAGGAAGUCAUAAAAUGUUGGGGGAGGGGGGCAUAUAAUGACUGAAUCUGUUUUGAAAAAGGACAAUCACUGUCUGGAGAAAAACAAACAAACAAAAAAAAAUAAACGAGCAGAUUUUUUGAGAUAUAUUUGCUCCCUGUUGAGAUUACAAAAUUUUUUUGCUCUUUUUUUUGUGAGGUUCUGUUUCCAAUUUUAGUCAUUUUUAGCUUUGACAAUCAUAACUGGGUUUGUUUUCUUUUUCUCAAGGGGAGUAAAUUCUAAUUGUAUUUAGUUUUGUAAUUUUUUGGUGUGCUGUUGUUGACAUUUUUAAAAAUUGUGUGCAAAACUGCAAUAAAUUAUAAGAAUCCCGAACCUCC